UGUUUGUGUUGAUGUGUUGAAAGUGCCGUGUGACAAUUUUUGUGCUGGGUUUGUGGCCCCAACGGAGAUGAGGGCAACCUGCAUGAUAUGUGUGGACAUCAUCGUGCAGGGGCAGGAUGUGUCGGCAACGCCCUGCGGCCACACCUUCCAUGCACACUGCAUCACCGAGUGGAUCAAAGUGUCCAAGUCGUGUCCUCAGUGCCGCACUAAGGCCACUGAGAGGACCCUCAUUAAGUUGUUCUUCGAGACCAGUGACUCGGAGAUUGAGACAGAUCCCGACACCCUCCAGCAGCAGAUAGACAACUUGAAGUUUCAGCUGAAGCUUAAGGAGCAGGAGGUGAAGAAGCACAAGGAGGAUGCUGGCAACUCUAAGGCUCAGGCUGUGGCUCUCAGGGAGGAAUUUCGAGCAAGAGAAACCAUUAUUGUCGACAAGGAGACCACCAUCCGGGCACUCAAGACGCAGCUGCUGUAUGUGGACAGUGUUGUGGACAAGUCCAAGAAAAUGAAGGAGGAGGUCAAUGAACUGAAGGGGAAGCUCAAGCUACUGCAAGGCUUGGAGACUGUCCUGAAUGGCACAACAGAGGAGGUCACACUGCUGGUCAACGGUGAGGCAGGUGGAUCCAGUGGUGUGAAGAACAUUGCUACAUUCUGCACUGUCCUGAAGAAGGAGCUGAGCAGGGCUGUGGAGAAGCGAACUAAGAUGAGGUCCGAGAUGAUGGUAGUGAUGAGGAAGUGCAAGGAGGCGGAGAAAAAUGCCAAGAGCCUGAAGGAGGAGGUGGACACCCUCACCAUCUCAACCCGUCACUUGGAGCAGGACAACGAGGGGCUGGCGAAUGAAAACACAAAACUCAAGGCCAAGAUUCGAGCAUUGGAGCAGUCCAUUGCCUCUCCUUCAGAUGACGUCCGUAGCAGUGCCCUCCACCGCCUGCUGUUUGAAAGUCCAGCCCCAGCACUGCUCAAGCGCCUGCACAGCCAACUGGAAUGCGAUUCUGUCACUCCUGAGGUGGUGCGCAUGAGGCCCAGUGGAAUCACGAAGGAAUCGAAGGAACCCACAGGACAGAAGGAGCCAGACUCAGGCAUGACAAAACUGGUUGAUUUAGUCAGCCCUCCACCUGCCAAGAAGCCUCUCUCCACCUCGGUGCAUCCCCUGACUGACAGCUGCAACAUCAUGAAGGGAGGCAGGGGCUCCUAUGCCAGCCUGCAUGCUGGACCUACCACCUCCCAGGCCUGGAAGGACAGGCAGCUGGUAGGGGACCAAGUAGGUUACGAUGGCCUUGGGGGACACCACAGGGCUGAUGAGUUCCCCAAGCCAUCUCCUCUAAUGAGACAGCUGCCCAAGAAGUCCAAGUUCCUGUACAAACCGGUGAAGGGCAAAGGAAAGACCAACAAGCUCACUAACUACUUUGAAAACACAUUUGAGGAUUAGGUGUCUUAUUUUUUUUUUAUUUUUUAUUUAUUUAUUCAUUUUAUUUUAUUUAUUUUGUUAUAUACUCUGGAUUAACUCCUCUGAAAACAUUGGAAGAUUAGGUGCCUAUUUUUUUUCAAGUGUAGUUUUACGUCAUGCUCUGUGUAGUGUAGGUUGUAUUGUAUUUUGCUCACUAAUAAUGUUUAAAACACAUUUGAAGAGCUGCUUACUUUUUUUGUUGAUUGAUUUUUAUUCUUACACUAUAUAUUUUGUUAUGUUUUAUCUUAUUCAGUAACUACUUAAAAAAAAGAUGUGAAGAUGAGAUGCUUGUUUUAUUAUUAUUAUUAUUAUUAUUAUUAUUAUUAUCAUUAUUAUUAUUUUAUUUUAUUUAUUUUUUAUCACACUGUAGUCUAGAUUGUAUUUUAUCUUACUAAGUACUUUGAAAACACAUUUAAAAAUCACUUGCUGCAAGCAGCCGGGAUUUGCCUCGUGUAAACCCCCCUCACUAUUGUUUUUCAUAAUGAAUUAAACUGGAACAGUGUGUGUGUGUGUGUGUGAAAGAGAAAGAGGGCGGAAGAUACUUUUAUAAUGUUACAUAAUUUAUUGUCGAAUAAAAAGCUACUUUUCAGAAA